CGAAAUAAUAAAAAUGAAGCAGUCCAGAAAUUAUCCACAAUAAUCAGAAACGAGAAUGGUGGUGGGUGCAGCUAAUAUUUCCAGAGGCGGAGGCUCUUUUCUAGUAUCCUACCUCCGCCGCGCCGGCGGUCUCCGCCCUCACUUUCCGGCCUCAUUCCCCGUUCCGAUUCCAAAAGCCCCCUUCAAUUUCCCAUCCUUAAAAGCCACUACAACUACAAGUAACAAGAUUAGUAGGGUGUGUUUUUGCACCACCUCGGGCUCUGUUCCUAGUACUACUGAUACUACUACUGUGGUUUCCGAUUCUACUUCCGACACUGAAGCUGUUAUUUCCGAGGAAGAUAAGUUAAAGGGGUUGGGCAACAGUUUGGACAUAAGGGUUGGUCAGAUUAUCAAGAUUUGGAGACAUGAGGAGGCUGAUUCUCUUUAUGUUGAAGAGGUUGAUGUUGGUGAGCCUGAGCCUAGAAUCAUUUGUAGUGGCCUUGUCAAGUAUAUUCCUCUCGAACAUCUUCAGGACAAAAAGGUUGUUGUGCUUGCUAAUUUGAAGCCCAGGAAUAUGCGCGGUGUCAAGUCGUCGGGGAUGCUUAUGGCGGCUUCUGAUGCUGCACAUGAGAAUGUGGAGCUUCUUGUUCCUCCCGAGGGCUCGAUUCCUGGGGAUCGAGUGUGGUUUGGUUCGGAAGAGGAGAUGGGGAGUUUGCCGGAUGCUGCCUCGCCCAAUCAGAUACAGAAGAAAAAGAUCUGGGAAUCCGUGCAGCCCCAUCUGAAAUCGGAUGCUUCUUGUGUUGCUGCACUGGGCAUGCAUUUGAUGCGCACAUCUGCAGGUGUCGUGGAAACCGGGUCUUUAAAGAAUGCAAAUAUAUCGUGAUCAUUCUCCCAAUCAUGUAACGCCCUCAUAAUUAAUUAUUUAAAUUUGUGACAAAUUUUUGAGUUCCUCAUAGAAUGUAUUGCUGUAUUUUUACAGCAUAAGGUUGUUUCUGUGAAGUAUUGAGAACUUGGUUGCAGUUGUUUUGCCUGUCAAGUAGAUGCUCUAGAUGUUUUCAAUUUUUUGUUACAUUAGUGAUAAUGAAAUCAAAUAUUUCCAAAAUGGCUUCUAAUAAUAGAAGUCUGGGAAGUUCUGGGCUC